UUCCGUUGUUACGUAUGCCUACUUCCGGUUUAGAUUAUUCGAUCCAUGCUCCCGAAACGGUGGUUAUUUUUUUUUUUAGCACGAAAGGCACUCUUAAGAACCGGACCCAGUUAAACAACAGCGGUCAUGUUUAAGCUGGAAGGACUCGGGCCUAAAAUGGACCCAGAAGAGAUGAAGAAGAAAAUGCGACAAGAUGUCGUCUCGUCUUUACGAAACUUUCUUAUUUACGUCGCCCUUCUCAGAGCCACCCCGUAUGUGUUGAAGAAGCUGGACAGCAUAUGAGCAGAGCAGCAUGUCUCCUCUACCGCCAUCCACUGACUCCAUCAGCCAGUAUGGACCGUCAUCAGCAGACACCUAGGGCCAGUACAGCACAUCUGUUGGACAAGACCCGUGUCUGUCCAUCACUGCACCUGACGACACACGUUGUCCUUCUCUCUCAUGUCUUGUUUCUUGUUGUAAACUGUAGUCUGCCUUUCAAGUGAAAUAUAUUGUGAUAAUUGUUAAAUGGCAAGUUUGGCAGUGUGUAUGCAUGCCAUGUACACACAUUAAAUGGAAACCAUGUUUAUUUUGUUGUUUUUACAUAGCUGAUCUGCGCAGUCUUGUACACAUGGAAGGAAUGGUCUCAAACUGCAUUACACAUGUACGCAGCAAGUGUUAAAUCUGGAAUCACUGGAAUUAAAAAAAGAAAAGGAUCUCCAAAUGUCAAACUGUCUUAGUUUAAACCUAAUCACCGACAUCUGCAGCAGCGACACCUUGAUACUAUAGCGGUCUGUUAUGACAAGCCUUUAAAUUGAUUUCUUUCAACCUGUGUCUUGAUGCAACAGUGCUCAAAGACAGUGAUUUUUUUUUAUUUGUCUUCAAUUGUCUGUUGUUCCUCUAACAUAUUUUUAGGGGAAUAAUAGUUUGCGGCUUUUCUUUGUCAUUUGCUCCAAUGAUGGCUGCUUACGGCCUGGGUUUGUUCUAAGCACCUAAAUCUUGGUAUUGCAAGGAUCCAUCAAUUGGAAAACUAUCAGCUCAGAAUAAGACUUAAUUAGUAAAAGCAGGUAAAGUCUAAAAUGGCAUCUGCUACAGAUGCCUAAUUGGAACAAUAAAGAACAACAAAUAAAUAUUACAAACCAUUGUUUUUAUUUUUAGACAACGUUUACAUUGAUUUUAAUGUAACUGGUUGAUAUUUAACAUGAAUGAUAACAUAACAAAUGCAUUUGGAAAUAGUAAGUGAGCAGUAACCGUUACAAGAUUAUUUAAUGAAAUGUAACAAACUGAAUCAAAAAUUAAAUUAAUCAUAGAUGCACUUUCAUAAGCUCACCACCUGGCGGCGGGGUUGUUUCAUUCUGAGGGUUGAUGAACAAAUGAUGGAGGCUAAACCAAACCGGGUGUCCUGUGUGGGCGCUCUAAAUCAGUAGCAUUCACAAUAACCAUGAAAAAAAAUGUUGGUUAUUAUAUUUAAGUUAGCAGGAGUAGAACCGUUGUGCAGAAUCAGAUAUCCGGCUGUUCUCAGAGACAAAGCAGAGCCCGACUACGGAGACAAAGAUUGAAACCGCGCCGCAUCCUUCCGUGUUAUUGUUGGACCGGGCCCGCCCAUACUCCAGAGCAUCAGUAAGAAACCUGUUACCCGGUUAUACAAAAAAAGACAAUACACUGAACAUCACACCGGAUUUAGGCUUCUGUGGAAUGCCAGGGUCCAGCCAGCCUGAUGUGGAUAACGAGGAGACCGCGCUUCAUUGUGCUAUUGAAUUGCCAGUAGCGCCACGGAUGCUACAAAAUAACCAACUGUAAUAUUAAAUACCAACAAAUCUCACCGCCUAUUAUGGACUUUCCAGGUCAUUUCCAGAAUAUUUUCAAGCAGCUCAACCACCAGCGCCUCCAUGCUCAGCUGUGUGACUGUGUGGUGGUGGUUGGGGGCCAGAGCUUCCAGGCUCACCGUUCCAUCCUGGCAGCAUGCAGCUCCCACUUCAGGGCUCUGCUGAGCUCCAAUGACAGCGGUGAUGAGGUUGGAGGACCGGGAGCAGACAUGGGUGGAGGUGGGGGCCCCAGUGUGAUUGAGCUAGAUCCAGAGGUGGUGACCCCAGAGGCCUUCUCCACCUUGCUGGACAUGAUUUACACCUCCACCCUCUCUCCAGGGGCCUCCAAUGUGAUGGAUGUGUUGUUGGCGGCAUCACACCUGCACCUUAACACUGUUGUCAAGGCCUGCAAGCUCCACCUGUCCAGGAAAAACUUUCCUGCCUCGCCCCCGAAAGGCUGGAGGUCAGUGCAACAGCAGCAACAGGGUCAAUCGUCCGGGGCAGACAGGUCUGUCAUGGAGGAAGACAUCAAUGAGGAAGACAUUGUAGUGGAGGUUAGUCAGUCUGGUGGGGUUGAAGACCAGGGGGUGACGAGGAGGGAAGUCAGUGGAGAGCUGAGUGCUGCACAAUUUUUGAGGCAAAAGAGGAAGUCACACGAGGACCGGCUCAGUGGGAGAAAGAGGCCCUGCAGGCUGCCUGAGGGAAACUAUAAGGAGUGUUCAUCUACUGUAGCCAAAAGCACCGUCAGUACCGAGGAGGGUGGAGAGGAGCUCCUGUCCCCAGACUGCCUGAAGACAUCCGACGGACUCUGGGAGAGCCCAGGCGAGGACGAGGUGGAAAAGAAAUACGAAGCAACCAAGGGAGAGUCAGAAGAGAUCCAGCUGCCGAGCCAAUCAGACAGCAGUGCAGGAGGUGUAGGUGUGUGGGAGAAGGGUGGAAAUGCAGAUGAAGACACUGUGGUCAAAGUAAAGGUGGGAGAAGAAGGGGAGGAAGAGGGAGAGGAGCCAACAAUGGCGAUGAUUGAGGUGAAAAAGGAAUGUCUGAGCUCGUACUCCCCAGAUUUACCAAACAAUUCUCUAUCUCCACCACAAGACUGCACAGACAAUUUGGAUGCACUAAAUGAGGAGAAAAUGGCCACAGCCUGCCCAACUGAGGGUGAUGUUAGCUCUUUGCAAUCUCAGCUGUACACAGAUCUACAAACUGAUGCACAGAGUGAGAGACAGGCUGGAGAUUUGGGUGAGGAGUCAGCAGACUGCGAAGGCCUCGACAGCCUGUCAGAACUUGCUUUUUCCUGCUUCCUCAAUCCCAGUAGUGAGAGUGUAAUGGGAGCUUUGGAGGAAGAAGACAGCCUAGCUAGCCUCACUGCUGCUGCUACUGCUGCUGCCACUGCUGCCAGUGAUGCUCCUGCAGCUGCUGGAGAUACUGUCCAACUGUAUCAAAACUCAGGAGAAGCCUCUUCUGCUCACUCCUCUGAUUCCUCACUAGUUUUUCCAGUAACAUCUGUCCCCUUGCAGCAGCUUCUCCCAACUCAGGGCCCUGGUUUCAGUGACACGCUCAUCCUCCAGCCCACUCAGAACUCUUUAGCAGGGUUCCUGAGUGGCAUCAGACCAGGCCUCAGUCUGGAAACCUCCCUCAUCCCACCCUCCAGGGCCGGGAAAAGUUUAGGGGCAACAACCUUCCGUCGCAUCGCGCCUAAAGUGCCGCCUGGAUCGGAUCAGUCCUCUUUUUCAUCUGCGGGGGAUGCUGCUGAACGGCCGUCUCUAACCAGAGCUUCAGAGGAUGUUAUGUCCAAGUGCAAGAAAGCAGCUGCUGAAGACCAUGUGCUGUUGGUGGAAGGGGAGAAGAAAUACGCCUGCAAAAUCUGCUGUAAGACCUUCAUGAACCUGACUGACUGUAAGAAACAUAUUCGUGUCCACACUGGGGAAAAGCCCUACCCCUGUCCAAAGUGUGGCAAACGCUUCAGCCAGUCCUCCCAUCUGUAUAAGCACUCGAAAAACACCUGCCUACACUGGAAAGACGAUCAGUUAUUCCCGGAUACCCUGCUGUGACCUCCAUUUACCCGAAUGGUGUUUUAUUGACACAAUUCUUUGAAAAAAUGCACUCUGUGGACUUGAUUGUUUAUUCGUCCAUAAGCUCUUUUUGAUUUUUUUGUUACAUGAAUUCAAAGCAAAUAAGCUCAUGUAAUUUUUAUGCUUUUAGAUGUUCUCAACCAUGUUGUGAUUUUAAGAAAUCAAAAUUCAUGAAAUGAAACGGAUACAAUUCAGCCAAACUGAUGUGAAUGCACUGAAAAUAUUAAUAUUGUUUUUUGACUGCUGUGUAAGAGUGAUGAGAAUAAAUUAUGCUUACUAGUUUUUAUU